UGAGCGCAAAGUGGCAGCAUUAAUAAAUAUUCUGCCGAAUUGUCCGUCGCAAAAUAGAUAAUAUAUUGCAAACAUGGAUGAAGAGGAGCAUCUGCAUCGCUUUGGCACACCUUUGGAUCCGAUAGAGAAGGAUGAAGUACCCGCCAAGAAACCGCUGGCCAUUGAGGAUCAAAUUGUUAAGGAUGAAAAUGGUAAACGUCGGUUUCAUGGUGCCUUCACCGGCGGCUUUAGCGCUGGAUUUUGGAAUACCGUUGGUUCACUGGAGGGCUGGACGCCGCAGAAUUUCAAGAGCUCACGUGGCGAGAAGGCCGGCAAAGUGCAACAACGACCGGAGGAUUUUAUGGACAAAGAGGAUUUGGGUGAAUUUGGCAUUGCGCCACAAGGAAUACGCACACGCGAUGAGUUCGCCAAAGAGAGCGAGAAGGAGCAGCGAACGGGUCAACGCAAGCGAAAGUUGAUGCAGCCACAGACCGAUGGACCUAUACCCGGUGUUCCCGUGCUGGAGCAACUGCUGCGUCCUGUGCGGGACAAGGUCGCAGUACGCAUACUAAAAAGCAUGGGCUGGAAGCCUGGCCAGGGGGUCGGUCCUCGACAGACCCGCAAGGAGAAGCGACAGACAACUGCACGCAACAAAAGAGAACAAUAUCUAUUGGAGCACUAUGGCACUGAGGGAUUGCCUAGCAACAGCAAGGCAAGUGACGAUGACGAGGAUGAGGAGCAGGACGAGGACGACGAUGAGGAUAUUACAUUUGCACCCGAUGACUAUGAGCCCAUUUUUUAUACGCCCAAGGACAAUCGUUUUGGCAUGAGCUACUCGGGAUUGAGUCGGGAUCCCGUACUGUCCAAGGGAAGUACACCUGCGGCGCCCAUGCAGCACAUAAACCUAUUUGGCCAAAUGGAAACGGCGGCCAAGAAUAAACAGUUGUCCAUACGUGGCCAGGCCUUUGGUGUUGGCGCUUUUGAGGAGGAGGACGACGACAUCUAUGCCAGGGAUGACAUGACACGCUACGAUUUCUCAUUGGCCGACAAGCAGCCGAAGCAGAAGAAGAUACAGCAUGUCCAGCAGCGAAAUGUCAUUGAUGGCUUUAGCGAGGAUAAGAGCGGAUCAACGCACACUCAACCCUAUUCCAUCGAUUUACCACGCGACUUUCAGCCACGUAACUGGCUUCAGCGUAGGAGUCGAUUUGCUCCAAUGGAUGAGCAACGGGCACGCAAACUGGCCGAGGAGGGGGAGCAUAGAAAGGCGGGUCUCGGCAGGCACGAUCUUAACCCAGAUCAGCGAGCUCAGCUGCUGGGCGAAACACAGACCAAAAAGAAUCCUUUCAAGACGGCCACCAGCGUCAGCAAUCCGCAGGAACGGGGCAAGUCUUUGCUAGAACUAAUCAGCGCCAAAAGUGACAACUUUACCAAGGGUGGACUUAUUACCCCAACUGGCGAGGAGCAGCCGGCGGAGAGAGUGGAGAUCAGCAAGGAACUGCAGAAAUCUAAUGCAGCAAUUCUGGAACAGGCCGCAGCCAAGACCAAAAACCUCGCUUCCAGUACACCUGCCAGCGGUUUCAAGCCAUUCCUUGCGGAUGAUGCCAAGCAAAAGCGAUAUGAGCAGUUUCUGGCCGCCAAUUUAAAAGAUGAUACGGAGAUUACGCAAUUUCUGGCGGAUUUGCAACCGGUUACGCUUUCGUUAUGGGAUCGUGAAAUGGAAAAGAAGGAAUUUAUACAAGCAGCGAAAAUCUAUCGACCUUUAGCUGGUCUCAUGCUCGAUAGAUUCGUCUCGGAAGCCACGGUGCAGGCGCAAGAAGUGCAGGAGCAAAUUAAGCCAGCGGAGCACAAGAAAAUUGUAAUGGAGCGGACAAAGAGUAUGUGGAAACCCAAUGCCUUGCUGUGCAAGCGCUACAAUAUAGCCGAACCCUUUUGUGGUGCUCUGCCUGAUCUCGAGAAGGAGCUAAAAGCCAAACCUAAAAUGUCCAUCUUCGAUUACCUGGAAACUUCAAUCAAUACCAAGGCAAAUUUCCAAACUCCCAGCAUUAUACCCAAGCACAGCGAGGUAUCCAAGCAGCAGCAGAAGGAAUUGGUGACAUUGCCGCCUGCUGAGCUUGUUGUGACACAGGAGGAAGCGAAACCAACGCCUUCUGACCAGCCAGCAACAUCGGCAUCCACAUCCAAACCUAGCUUUGUUCCAAGAACGCCACUGGAACAAGCUGUGGAUGCGGCACGGGAUAAGCCCAUUUCGGAAAAGACUGAUCUCUUCAAGAGUAUAUUCGAAGAUAGCGACGAGGAGACGAAUACAGCAGCUGCCUUAGAUGAGGAGCAGGAGCAGCAGACGGCAGCUGACAAACUGGCUGCCAUGCAGGCUGCUCUGGGCCUGCCGAGCAGCUCCACAUCCGCUGCAGCAGCCAAUGUCCUGCGCAAUAAUUCCCCGCCGCGUGGUAUUUUUGCAGCGCUCUUUAAACCAGCCGAGGAGCAAGUGCCUCAGCCAGCAUCCGCUUCAGCUCCUGCUAAAUUUACACCCAUUGAAGGCAACAAAUUGAAGAUUGCGUACAAAUCACGCGAGGAGCGGCUGAAGAACGACAAGGAAUUGGCAAUGUCCCAGGUUCCCGCCGAAGAGCUCUAUGGACCCAAGUUGCCAGCCAGCCAGGUAAAACAGACGCCUCCAGAUGACACCAAGCAGGCCGAGUCCAGCAUCGAUGCCAAGUUGCAACAGUUGUGGCAGCAACAUGCGACAACCAAACGCAAACCGGAAAAAUGGGUGGAACGUAAGCUAAGCAGCAGCGAUAGCGACGAUAGCAUCGAUAGCGACGAGGACAGCUCCGAUAGCUCCGACUGCAGCAGCUCAAGGGCGAAGCGUGCCAAAUCCAAGAAGUCACACAAGAAAAGCAGCGCCAAAAAGUCCAAGAAAUCAAAACUGAAGUCUAAGAAAAAGGCCAAGAAAAGCGAGAAAUCCAAGCAAAAAGCAAAGAAAAAGAAGAGCAAACAUUAA